AUGCAGCCAAUCCCGGUCGGCGUUCGAUCAACGCGCGCGAGUCGCCAUAGUGGAUUCAUGACCCAGCGUACUGGAGCUAUCCACUCGCGAUUCACUCCGCAUUUCGAAGGGAUUGGGCGAGGCGAAUUGAACGCAGUCGGCGUCGUGAAGCGCAGGAAAACAGACUCUGUCAAGUUACGGGGUCCCACUGGUCUCAUUGGGCCCCAUGGCCCCAGGCAACCCCUCCAAUCAGAGGUGCAGUCUAUUCCCUACGAACCACCUAAUCCCCAGCUCGCCACCGCGACAGACAUCCUGUCGAUCCACUUACUGGCCGAGCGGUUCACGCGUGGGUGGGGCGCUGAUUUAUCCCCGACAAUCUUCAAUCCACCGCGACGUCCCGGUAGCCGAUUCGCCCAGGGCCUGCAAGGGGUCCCCUCGUUUCUGACUUGCCGCGGGCUGCAGCCUCUUAGGGCUAAGGCUGACGCCUCAUACGGCGUGGAAUCUCGUGCUGACGACGUGGUCUGGUUGGCACAACUGCGCCGCUGGAUGGGGGCGCAUGGCGUUGUCUGUGCCCAUCACUUUUACACCCCAUACUUCGCAUCCGUAUAUAUCAUCCUCCCUCUUUUGGCCAUGACCGACGCCCUCCAGGCGUCGGCUACCAAAGACAAAACCGGGAUUUGA